UAGGGAUCAGGAGCCCUGAGGCAGGCUGGCUGGGCACAUUCCAGGACUGGCUUCCGUGAACCCCAUUGCCGCCGCAGAACUGGUCAGGGCUGGGAUUUGCGCUAUGGGGCUGGAGGACAGGGCCAAGUGCUAGUGCUGGGGCCCAGAGCCAAGCUGCUGGGCAGCCGGCAGCGGUCCCACACAGGGGCGCGGUGGACCCCUCUCUCUGUGAGGCCACACUGUUGGCCAGGACACCAGCGGUGCCCUGUCCGGGGUGGGGCAGGACCACAUACAUGGGCAGAUCCUGGGCCAGCCGCGCCCCCUCUCAGGGCAGGAGGAAGAGGAGGAGGGGGCUAGGGCUACCCCAGCGGCAAGACCGGCCUUCCCCGGGAUGGGCUCUGAGGAGCUGCGGCUGGCCUCCUUCUGCGAAUGGCCACUGACCGCCGUGGUGGGGCCUGAGCGGCUGGCUGCUGCAGGCUUCUUCUACACUGGCCAGCAAGACAAAGUGAGGUGCUUCUUCUGCUGCGGGGGUCUGCAGAGCUGGGAGCAAGGGGAUGACCCCUGGACAGAGCACGCCGAGUGGCUCCCCAGAAGUUGUCUCCAAAACAGCCUUCCCAGCAAGGGCCUCACCCUCCGUGACCCCCAGCUGCCCGCUGCAGGGCCCUGUGGGGGCACAAGGCUGGCUAGAGGGGCUCUCCUGCAGCCCAAGCCGUGCCACGCCUCCCAACCCGCUUCCUUCAGGUGUGAGUUCCUGCUCCAGACGAGGGGGGACUUUGUCCGCAACGUGCAGGAGUCCCGUUGCCACUGGCUCGGCUCCUGGGACCGAUUGGAAGAGCCAGAAGACGGGCCCCCUGCCAUCCCCUCAGUGCCCCUCUCCCUGUCUUGCAGGUGCCGGGGACAGCCAGGAGUGGUCCGCACAGUGCCAGUGCCCAGCAGUGCAGGCCGUGCUGCGCAUGGGCUUUGGGCCGGGCCGCGUGCAGAACCUGCUGCAGCGGAAGUACGGCUGGGCAGGGCCGGCUGACCUCUCUGCGCUGCUGGUGGCAGACCUGCUCCAGGAAGACGAUGGGGACUGGGGGCCGGGGACCAAAGGUCUCAAGCUGUCCACGCCCAGAAGAGAGGCCGGUCAGAGGGUGCCAGGGACCGGGGAUGUGGGAGAGCAGCUGCGGCGCCUACAGGAGGAGCGGACCUGCACAGUCUGCCUGGACCAUGCCGUGGGCACUGUCUUCGUGCCCUGAGGCCACCUGGUCUGUGCCGAGUGCACACCCGCCCUGCAGCUGUGCCCCGUCCGCAGGGCCCCCAUCCGCAGCUGCGUGCGCACCUUCCUGUCCUAGGCCGGGUGCUGGCUGCCACGCGGACGCCCUGCCCAUCUCCGCCUAUCCCUCGGGCCACAGGGCAGGCCUGCUGA